GAAGGAGAGGAGAGCUCCGUGGAGUUCCCUCGAGCUGCAACCCCCACCUUCAUUCCCCUCCAUCAAAUCCUCUCCUUCCCACAUUUUUCUCCCCCUCACAUGUGCCAUUUAAGUAGUCAUCCCAAGGAUCACUGCAUCCUCCCCCCUCCCCUGUUUCUUCUUCCUCCUCUUUCCUUGCCGGUUUUCAUCCUCCUUGGGCUUGCUCAUCCCUCGUUGCAGAGAAAGCAUGGCGAACUCCGCAUCCGGAAUGGCGGUGAAUGAUGAGUGCAAGCUCAAGUUCCUGGAGCUGAAGGCCAAGAGGAACUUCCGGUUCAUCGUGUUCAAGAUCGAUGAGAAGAUACAGCAGGUCAUGGUGGAGAAGCUGGGUCGGCCCGAUGAGAGCUACGAUGAUUUCACUGCAUGCUUUCCGCCCAACGAGUGCCGCUAUGCCGUCUUCGAUUUUGAUUUCGUCACCGAUGAGAACUGCCAAAAGAGCAAGAUCUUCUUCAUUGCAUGGUCCCCUGAUUCAUCAAAGGUGAGGAGCAAGAUGCUGUAUGCCAGUUCCAAGGACAGAUUCAAGAGGGAGCUCGAUGGCAUACAAGUGGAGCUGCAGGCGACGGACCCUAGCGAGAUGAGCAUCGAUAUUGUGAAGGGGAGAGCUAUGUAACCGAGUUCCUGUGGC